AUGGGUGACUAUACACCAGACCUGGCAGACACUGCCGUGCCAGCACUUGCUGGAAAGCAGGUCGCGACCACUGAUGUCAAGCCUCCAAGUGGGGUUCUAUACCAUCAGCUCCGCAGAGAGCCUCAAAACAUUGUCGGGGGAAGGGGAAGUUACCUGAUCACUGAUACUGGCAUGGAGAUUCUCGAUGCAACAUGCGGUGCAGCAGUCUCCUGUCUGGGUCACAGUGACGAGCGCGUACACGAAGCAAUCCUGGAACAACUCAAAAAGAUCCCAUACUGCUAUUCCAUGUACUUUACCAACAGUGCUGCAGAGAGUCUAUCAAAGUUUCUGGUAGACUCUACUGGAGGCAGAAUGUCUCGUGCUUACAUUGUUAGCUCGGGCACCGAAGCUGUGGAAGCCGCUGUUAAAAUGUCUAUUCAGUAUUUUACAGAGUUACCGGUGCCUCAGACCCAGCGUGUGAACAUUAUAUCUCGAAAGUCUUCCUACCACGGCAACACACUUGGGUCCCUUGCUGUCGGACAUCACGCUUCCCGGCGGAGAAUCUAUGAGAGCCUUCUUUCAAAGAAUGUGCACUAUAUUUCUCAAUGUUACCCAUACCGAGGAAUGCAGGCCAAUGAAAGCGUCGAAUACUACGUUGCAAGUCUAGUUCAAGAGUUGGAGGACGAAUUUCAAAGACUUGGUCCUAACACUGUCUGCGCUUUCGUUGCGGAGACUAUGACUGGAGCUACACUCGGCUGUGUACCACCAUUGCCAGGCUACCUCAAAGCAAUGAAAGCAGUCUGCGAGAAACACGGGGCCCUACUCAUCUUAGACGAAGUAAUGUCCGGCAUGGGCCGCACGGGAACCCUCCAUGCCUGGGAACAAGAAGAUGUCGUUCCGGAUCUUCAGACUAUCGCCAAGGGUCUGGGUGCAGGAUAUGCGCCUAUUGCCGGCCUCCUCAUUAACAAGCAUGUCGUCGACACGCUCAGCAAUGGAACGGGGGCUUUUGUUCACAGCCAGACGUACCAGGGUCAUCCUGUUUCCUGUGCAGCUGCGUAUAAGGUGCAACAGAUCAUCCAAGAGGAUAAUUUGUUACCGAAUGUUCGUGCGAUGGGUGAAUAUCUUGGUCAGAUGCUUCAUGAGCGGUUGGAUGGCCAUCCUCAUGUGGGUGAUAUUCGUGGACGGGGUCUAUUCUGGGCUAUGGAGUUCGUUCAAGACAAAGCGACCAAGGAACCGUAUCCGCCAUCCAAGACACUUUCUUGGACUCUGCAUACCACAGGCCUCAAGCCUGAAUAUUCGAUUUCUUUGAUGCCUGGUAGUGGUGGUAUUGAUGGUGUCAAUGGUGAUCAUAUCAUUUUGGCGCCACCCUAUAAUACUACUCGGGCUGAGAUUGACUUGAUAGUCGAUCUGACUGUUCGGGUUAUCAAGGACGUGCUGGGAGAAUAA